ACAACGGAGCAAUAAGUACAGUGUAAUAAUAAGCAGGCAUAUGGGUAGUACAUAGGCCUAUCUGGAUUGUUUGCGUGAGCGGAGAGAGGGAGGAAAUGCAUUCCCUUCUUCAUUAUACACGACAGGUGUUUUUGACAUCCUGAAAACCUCUUCAUUAUCUUUUAUUGUCAUAUUUGAGAAGAAAUUUCUCUAUUUAAGUAUUUCUAUUUUGAAACCUCCAUAUGAAUAAGACGACAUGUAUUGCAAUAAGUUUUCUUAUCUUUUCGAGAAAAUGUUUGUUCCUAGAAUUACACUGCAUUUGUACCCAUAUCAUGAGUCAGGUGAGUGCCUUGAUGCAGGUGUGGAACCAGGUAUAUAAGGCUGGCGAGGGACUUUCUGCCUCACUCCGAGCUGCGGCACUGAAGGGGAAGGGAAUCAGGGAGCAAGAGAAGUGCAGUCAGUUUAUGCAAGAAUUUUAAGGUUUGAUUUUAUAGAUAUACAAUGAGUUUGUUUGUGAUUCUGCGAAUGAGGUGUUUGUGUAUGGAUUUUAUUUCAUCAUACUCAUUAUUAAUAUUAUUUUCGUAAUCAAUAUUAUCAUUAUUAUUGUUAUUAUUACCAUUAUUAUUGUUACCCUCAUUAUCAUUACUACUAUCAUUAUCUUUGUUAUUAUUACUGUUACUAUCAUCAUUGUCUGUACUUGUUUAUAAAUAGCUUUAACUUUUCAAGAUUCAAAGAAGCAGAAACGAUUGUGAAUGGUAGCAAAUCUAGAAUUAAAAUCAUACACUCAGAAUUAGAACCGGAAUUACUACCGCCAAUUAAGCCACACGCAAUAACGAACGCACUCCAGCAGCAACAGAAUCACCCCAGGAAGAUGCGAGCGUGGGGACUCUUGGCCGUUAUCCUGCUGGCGUCGCGGGCGAGCGAGGGAGGAACCGCCAGGGAAGGGAGGUCCUCCGACCCCCACGAGCAGCAGCUGCCUCAGCCGCUCCUGGACUCCAGCAACCUCCCAGACCUGCCGCUCGGGAGCCCGGACACGAUCGAUAACGACAUCCCUGGAGAACCUCUCAGUCCAGAUGAUUUUGAAACGAGUCACGAUAUGGUGCACGAGGCCCUGGACGUGAGCACGAGCGCCGACCCCAUCGAGCUGGCCGGGCUCUUCCAGGGCGACAUCGUCCUCAACAGCCUGGAUGAGCUGGUCGACCUCUCCUCACAGCAGGACGGUGUUGCACAGGACACCAAGAACGCCAUCAUCAACCUGAGGAGAAGAUGGCCCAACGGCGUCAUCCCUUAUGUCAUCUCAUCGUCCUACAACAAGAACGAGCGAGCGACCAUCGCCAUGGCCAUGAGCAACUACCACCAGAAGACCUGCCUCCGUUUUGUCCCCCGGAUGAUGGAGAGAGACUACAUCCACAUCAUUAAGGGAGACGGCUGCUCCAGCUCCGUCGGCCGAGUGGGCGGCGCGCAGGCAGUGUCUCUGGGUCCCGGGUGCCUGUACGUGGGGAUCGUCAUGCACGAGCUCAUGCACGCCGCCGGGUUCUGGCACGAACAGUCACGUGCAGACCGGGACAACUACAUCACAAUCAACAUGGCGAACAUCCAGAACGGGAUGGAAUUCAAUUUUCAGAAAUAUUCUUGGAGUACAAUUCAAAGCCUCGGAGUGGACUACGAUCUCGGGUCCGUGAUGCACUACGGGCCGUACGCCUUCGCCAGGGACCGCUCCAAACCCACGAUCAUCCCUCGCCAGAUGGGGGCUGAGAUUGGACAACGUCGGACGCUUUCCACGAAAGAUGUCUUGAAACUGCAGCUUCUAUAUAACUGCGCCAACACAACGGAAACUGUAACGACCGAAGUUCCUGUGAAUAUUGUGGCUCCAGACACGUGUGAGGAUGGAAACAAAUACUGCGAGGCUUGGGCAGCUGCAGGAGAGUGCGAGAGGAACCCGACGUGGAUGACCGUCAGUUGCAGAAAAUCCUGCAAGGAGUGCGGGAAAGAGUGCGGAGACAACAACAAGUACUGCGACUACUGGGCGCGCAACGGCCAGUGCACCAAGAACCCGGCCUACAUGGGCCGCUUCUGCAGGAAGUCCUGCGAGAUUUGCCACAACGAAGUGACAGAAAUGUGUGAGGACCGCAACAGAUACUGCAGCGCUUGGGCCCAAACAGGUUACUGCCGGACGAACGCAGACUACAUGUUGCUGUAUUGCAAGAAAUCCUGCGUGCAAUGCUAACACGAGCCCAAGGCCACGAGGGCAUUCGGCCGCAGGUCGUCCGCCAGCAGGGACGCACGGAAGCGACCAUGGCGAGCAGCAGCGAGCGAGAGGCAGCCGAGCGGCCGCUGCCCUUCCAGGUGGAGGAAGUGCC